GCCUUGUAGGCCUAACCAGGCCCUCGCCUCAGGCCUCUUGGGGUCCCGGCCUCAGACCUCCUGGAUCCCCGCCUUUUCCUGGGACGCGGCCGCGAGGGCUCGAGGCGCUUUAUUGGGUUCGGGCCCAGGACUCCCCGUCUUCCUGCAGGCGACCCCAGGAUCCUGUGAUUGGCGCCUGCUGACUGUGACCGAGAAGCCCCCCGGAGGAACUUGGGCUUUCCCUUGGGUCUAAGAGCUUGAACUGUCAGUCUUCAUCUCCUUAUAUAAUGUCUGGCAUUUAAUUAAUGUUUGUUGAACUUGAAAAGACAUGGGCAAUGAAUCUAGAAAGGGAAAUGGAUGGAGCUAGAAGGAAUCAUGUUGAGUGAGGGAGAGUAUCUUUGGCCCUACAGUUUGCUGAUACUGACAUUGUUCAGAGUGGUCUUAAAAUAACUUACUUUUUAUAUAAAUAACUGCCUAGACGUCACAUUUUUCACUACAGAAACCUAUAUUCUACAGUUGCCAGAGAUUUAUCUUUUAAGAUAUCAUCUCCAUUAAAACUGAGACUUGUUCCCUUCUUAUUUCAAAAUGUUGAGAUACUGGGGAGAAAUACCAAUAUCCUCAAGCCAGACCAACAGAAGUUCCUUUGAUCUGCUCCCACGGGAGUUCCGUCUGGUGGAAGUCCAUGACCCACCACUGCAUCAGCCCUCAGCCAACAAGCCAAAGCCCCCCACUGUGCUGGACAUCCCCUCGGAGCCCUGCAGCCUCACUGUCCAUACCAUACAGUUGAUCCAGCACAACCGCCGUCUUCGCAGCCUUAUUGCCGCAGCUCAGGCUCAGAAUCAACAACAGACAGAAGGUAUAAAGACUGAAGAGAGUGAACCUCUUCCUCCCUGCCCUGGCUCACCUCCUCUCCCUGAUGACCUCCUACCUUUAGAUUGUAAGAAUCUCAAUGCACCCUUCCAGAUGCGGCACAGUGACCCAGAGAGUGACUUUUAUCGUGGGAAAGGGGAACCUGUGACUGAACUCACCUGGCACUCCUGUCGACAGCUUCUCUACCAGGCAGUGGCCACAAUCCUGGCCCAUGCAGGCUUUGAGUGUGCUAAUGAAAGUGUCCUGGAGACCUUAACCGAUGUGGCACAUGAGUAUUGCCUUAAGUUCACCAAGUUGCUGCGUUUUGCUGUGGACCGGGAGGCCCUGAUGGGACAGACCCCUUUCCCUGAUGUUAUGGAGCAGGUGUUCCACGAAGUGGGGAUUGGCAGUGUGCUUUCCCUCCAGAAGUUCUGGCAGCACCGCAUCAAGGACUAUCACAGCUACAUGCUCCAGAUCAGUAAGCAACUCUCCGAAGAAUAUGAAAGGAUUGUCAAUCCUGAGAAGGCUACAGAAGACACCAAACCUGUGAAGAUCAAGGAGGAACCUGUGAGCGACAUUGCCUUUCCCGUCAGCGAGGAACCGGAGGCUGACCUUGCCUCUGGAGAUCAGUCCCUGCCCAUGGGAGUCCUCGGGGCUCAGAGUGAGCGCUUCCCAUCUAACUUGGAGGUGGAAGCUUCACCACAAGCUUCAAGUGCAGAGGUAAAUGCUUCUCCUCUUUGGAACCUGGCCCAUGUGAAAAUGGAGCCUCAGGAGAGUGAGGAAGGCAGCGUGUCCGGGCAUGGUGUGCUGGGUGGUGAUGUCUUCGAGGAGCCCAUGUCAGGCAUGAGUGACGCUGGGAUCCCACAGAGCCCUGACGACUCAGACAGCAGCUAUGGUUCCCACUCCACCGACAGCCUCAUGGGAUCCUCCCCUGUUUUCAACCAGCGCUGCAAGAAGAGACUGAGGAAGAUGUAACAGCAAAUGUGUUAGCAUUUGUUUUCAUAGCUGAUUUGAUUCCUAUUCUUAGGUACAAUGGGCCUAUCCAAGCAAGGUUACUUUUUACUGUGGCAUUGUUUUUAUAGUUUUCUACAACAACCAAGCCACUGUUGGUGAAUUGAUCACAAUGCUGGCAUAGUAAUCAGAAGACCAAAGCACUUUCCCUAGUCAUUGUUUUAUUGGCUGAUGACACACAUUCCUUAGCUUCUCUGCAGCCGUUUGUCUUGCACAACUGAAAAGAACCAGAGUGAUCUACCUUGCACACAAAGGAGGACUGAGAUAUUGGCUAAACUUCAAAACUUUGAACAGACUCAUGCCAGUAUCACAUACCAUUUUUUGGUAACUUAGUUUUGGUUCAAGUCAUUGAGAAUCCAUUACUAAUAUUUAACAAGAAAUAGCUAAACACAACAAAGCUUUUGUCAUUGUUUUUCUGAGCUGGUACCUGAGUUCAGGCUAGAGCUUGAACUCAGAGCCUUGAGCUUUC